GGUAACUAGUGAUUACCGGGAAGACACUGACAGAGGAUUUCUAAAAUGGCGACGUCUUUAGGAGCUAACACUUACAAUAGACAAAAUUGGGAAGACGCGGAUUUCCCCAUUCUCUGCCAGACAUGUCUUGGAGAGAAUCCUUAUAUUCGAAUGACCAAGGAGAAGUAUGGCAAGGAGUGCAAGAUAUGUGCCAGACCAUUCACUGUGUUCCGAUGGUGUCCUGGGACCCGCAUGCGCUUCAAGAAGACAGAGGCGUGCCAGACGUGCAGCAAGAUAAAGAAUGUCUGUCAGACCUGCCUGCUGGAUCUAGAGUAUGGCUUGCCAAUACAGGUCCGAGACACUGGUCUGUCAAUCAAGGACGAUGUGCCAAAGUCAGAUGUGAACAAGGAAUACUACACACAGAACAUGGAAAGAGAGAUAGGGAACUCUGAUGGUACCCGGCCCGUGGGUCUCCUGGGUAAGGCCCCCAGCUCUAGUGACAUGCUGCUGAAGCUAGCCCGCACCACACCUUACUACAAGAGGAACAGACCACAUAUCUGCUCCUUCUGGGUGAAGGGAGAGUGUAAGAGAGGAGAGGAGUGUCCUUACAGGCAUGAGAAGCCAACUGAUCCAGAUGAUCCCCUGGCAGACCAGAACAUUAAGGACCGUUACUAUGGUAUCAACGACCCUGUGGCUGACAAGCUGCUGAAGAGAGCCUCCACCAUGCCGAGACUGGACACUCCAGAGGACAAGUCCAUCACUACACUGUACGUGGGGGGGCUCGGAGACUCCAUCACAGACUCUGAACUCAGGAACCAUUUCUACCAGUUUGGGGAGAUCCGGACCACCACCAUCGUUCAGAGGCAGCAGUGUGCCUUCAUCCAGUUUGCCACCCGUCAGGCUGCAGAGUUAGCUGCCGAGAAAUCCUUUAACAAGCUCAUUAUCAACGGUCGCAGACUCAACGUCAAAUGGGGCAGGUCCCAGGGAGAGGGGGGAAGGAGGGAUGGGAGAGGGGGGAAGGACGGAAGGGGAGAAGGGCUGACUGAGAUGGGGCUGAAGCUGGAGCCGGUACCUGGACUGCCUGGAGCGCUACCUCCACCGCCUGUGGAUGAAGACACCCCUACCAACUACUUCAACCUGGGCCCCAACUCAGCUCCUCCUGUCAUGAACAUCAGUCUACCCCCACCCCCCGGUGUGGCUAUGCCCCCCCCUCCAGGCUUUGGGCCACCCAUGUUUCACUCCAUGGACCCUAUGGGGAUGCCCCCUCCCAUGGGCAUGAGGCCCCCUGGCCAUGUCCACUACCCCUCCCAGGAUCCACAGCGCAUGGGUGCACAUGCCAGCCGUCACGGAGGCUCCUAAGACCCUCGUACCUCACUGUUUAUGAUUAACAUCGUUAUAAUUUGACCAAUUUCGCCCUAUUAAUAACCGACACAGUUACUAUAGUCACAGUUCACAGAUGUGAAAUGCUUCUUUUAUAUACGUGUAAUGGAGAAGAACCUCUGUUUUGUGCAUCAGCAAGGUCUUGCUCGUUAGGAAACUGGAGUGCUGAACAGUAUAGUUUUAAAUGAUUCGUUAUACCUUCCUCCAUCGAACCUACAAGUAACUGCCAAAAUAAAGGGAACAUAAAGUGUCUUAAUAGGGUGUUGGGCCAAAACUGCUUCAAUGCGCCUUGGCAUAGAACUCUACAAGUGUCUGGAACUCUACUGGAGGGAUGCGACACCCAUUCUUCCACAAUAAAUGAAUUCAGUGUUUUGUUGAUGGUGGUGGAAAACGCUGUCUCAGACGCAUCAGAAUCUCCCGUAAGUGUUCAAUUGGGUUGAGGCCCGGAUGACUAAGACAUACACAUUUUAAAUCACCUAUGUUCCUAUGAGACCCCUUUUUUCCCCCCAAUGUCACUGAUCUCUUCUAACCAUGGUAGCCAAAAUAAUGGGCAACUGAUCAUUUUAUUUCUUAAUGAACUCAGGAACCACACCUGUGUGGAAACACCUGCUUUCAAUACAUUUUGUAUCCCUCAUUUUGUAAAGUGUUUCCUUUAUUUUGGCAGUUACCUGUAUGUUCUAUCUCUGGCUUGUAUAUUUGAAAGGGGGAGGGAGGGUUACGUUUGCAAGUUGUGCAUAUUGUACUGAACCUUAUAGAAGAGAAUGUCUCCAUUUCUACAAUUGAUUUUUUUCCUUAUAAUUCAUUUUAUGCAGAAUUGUCAGAUGUUUAACGUCUUCAGAACAACCAAUUGUUAAGACAUUUACAUUUAAGUCAUUUAGCAGACGCUCUUAUCCAGAGCGACUUACAAAUUGACCAUUUGACUUCCAUGUGGUGGCACUAUUAUAUAAAGAAUGAUGGUGUCCAUGACUCCACAGCAUUGUCAACGUCUUUUAUUAUAACUGUGAAAAGUGUAUGGUUAACGUUUUUGCUUCAUUAAACAUAUCCUUUCUUUUAAAGUG